UGUUUUGUGCUGUCGUAAAACCCACGUGUCCAGCCGGGAGGCUGCCAGAGCGGAGAGCCCAGGAGCCGGGACGCGGCUGCCGAGCGCAGCAGCCCACCGCGGCUCCGUCCGGCGCCAGGGUCCCCCGCACUCCCGCGCGCUCGGCAGAAACACUCUCGCGCCCUCCGCGGGCCUCCAGACCGUUCGCUCGCGGCCGGGGCGGGUUCCGCGCAGCCGGAUCUCUAAGGCUCCCCUCCCGAGCUGCCCAGGGGCAUGUAGCGCCCGCGGGGGGCACACUCCCUCACGCCCGCCCAAACGCGCGCGCUAGCACCCGCCGCGGGCUCCGAGUUUUCUGCUGGAGGCGUCGGACAUGCUGAAGCCCGGGGACCCCGGCGGCUCGGCCUUCCUCAAAGUGGACCCAGCCUAUCUGCAGCACUGGCAGCACCUCUUCCCGCACGGCGGCGGCGGAGGCCCGCUUAAGGGCGGCGGCGCCGGGGUUCCCCUGGGCGCGCCGCAGCCCCUCCAGCCGCCGCCGCCGCCGCCGCCUCCGGAGCGCGUUGAGCCUUCACCGGACAGCCUGCGCCCGCGGCCCGCGUCGCUCUCCUCCGCCUCCUCCACUCCGGCUUCCUCCUCCACCUCGGCCUCCUCCUGCGCCGCCGCCGCCGCCGCCGCCGCCGCGCUGGCCGGUCUCUCGGCCCUGCCCGUGGCGCAGCUGCCGGUGUUCGCGCCCUUGGCCGCCGCCACCGUCGCCGCGGAGACGCUGCCCCCCAAGGACCUGUGCCUCAGCGCCGCCUCGGGCACGGGGCCCUCCAAGUGCGGCGCCGGCGGGGAUGGUCGGGGCGCUUCGCGCUUCCGCUGCAGCGCCGAGGAGCUGGACUAUUACCUGUACGGCCAGCAGCGCAUGGAGAUCAUCCCGCUCAACCAGCACACCAGCGACCCCAACAACCGUUGCGACAUGUGUGCGGACAACCGCAACGGGGAGUGCCCCAUGCACGGGCCGCUGCACUCGCUGCGCCGGCUCGUGGGCACCAGCAGCGCCGCGGCCGCCGCGCCCCCGCCCGAGCUGCCCGAGUGGCUUCGGGACCUGCCGCGGGAGGUGUGCCUGUGCACCAGCACCGUGCCCGGACUGGCCUACGGCAUCUGUGCGGCACAGAGGAUCCAGCAGGGCACUUGGAUUGGGCCCUUCCAGGGCGUCGUCCUGCCCCCAGAGAAGGUGCAAGCCGGCGCGGUGAGGAACACGCAACAUCUCUGGGAGAUAUAUGACCAAGAUGGGACACUACAGCACUUUAUUGAUGGUGGGGAACCUAGUAAGUCGAGCUGGAUGAGGUAUAUCCGAUGUGCAAGGCACUGCGGAGAACAGAAUCUAACAGUAGUUCAGUACAGGUCGAAUAUAUUCUACCGAGCCUGUAUAGAUAUUCCCAGGGGCACCGAGCUUCUGGUGUGGUACAAUGACAGCUAUACAUCUUUCUUUGGGAUUCCCUUACAAUGCAUGGCCCAGGAUGAAAACUUAAAUGUGCCCUCAACCGUGAUGGAAGCCAUGUGCAGACAGGAUGCCCUGCAGCCAUUCAACAAGAGCAGCAAACUGUCCCCCACCACUCAGCAGCGCUCCGUCGUUUUCCCACAGACCCCCUGCAGCAGGAACUUCUCUCUCCUGGAUAAGUCUGGGCCCAUCGAAUCGGGUUUUAACCAAAUCAACGUGAAAAACCAGCGAGUCCUCGCGAGCCCGACUUCCACAAGCCAGCUCCACUCAGAGUUCAGUGACUGGCAUCUCUGGAAAUGUGGGCAGUGCUUUAAGACUUUCACACAGCGGAUCCUCCUACAGAUGCACGUGUGCACACAGAACCCCGACAGGCCUUACCAGUGCGGCCACUGCUCCCAGUCCUUUUCCCAGCCUUCCGAACUGAGGAACCACGUGGUCACUCACUCCAGUGACCGGCCGUUCAAGUGCGGCUACUGUGGCCGUGCCUUUGCUGGCGCCACCACGCUCAACAACCACAUCCGAACCCACACUGGAGAAAAGCCCUUCAAGUGCGAGAGGUGUGAGAGAAGCUUCACACAGGCCACCCAGCUGAGCCGACACCAGAGGAUGCCCAAUGAGUGCAAGCCAAUAACCGAGAGCCCAGAAUCAAUUGAAGUGGAUUAACUGAUUGACUGGUUGGAAUUAAACUGCAAGGAAAGUCAUGAUUAAAUGUCACGGACACUUAAGCAAAACCAAAGAUUUCCUCUGAGCAACUUUCAAUCAGUCCCAGAAAACCAAAAGCAGUAAUAAAAUAAGUAAGAUGUUAAGAGAUAUUGAUCCUGGCGUGGAAGUCAGACCAGGAAAGAGAUUAUUUAUUUAUGACUAGGGAAUGAGACUUAUUUCAGUGGACAACUGACCUGGGAUGAUUACCAUUUCCUGUCCCACCACGUGUUUGCUUUGUUUCUAAAAAGCUUUUUUAAACUUGUUAUUUAAUACCAAAGGGAGGAAUUGUAUGGGUUCUUCUGCCCACAGUCAUGACUAUGAAUGCGCAGGGACAUCUUUCUCAUUGCACCUUUUUUUAGUAGCGUGAAUCAGGGGGUCCCCUGUCCAGCCCUUCCUGCUCUUCCAGUAUGACCUGGCCUGAUGCAGCUGCUGCCUUGGGGACCGAAGAACCAGAUGCAGAACCUUCCCCACGUCAGCACCAUCUUCAGCCCUGCGGGCGCUCCAUUCCGUGUUUUCCACACUCAGUUCUUGUGCACUUUCCACGCGCCUCCUUCCAUCCAGCAGCCUGGUCUUGGUGCAGAAGAGGCUGGAAGAGGAAGAACAUGGUUCAAAUUUCAAAAUUCAAGGGAAAAAAAUGGGGAACUUCCUUUGUCCUGUCAGGAUUUCAGAAACAUUUAAAAUGUACAGAGCUUCAUAAUACAGUAUAUUGUUCCGAAGCAGCUAGUUGAGAAAAUUUUGUUUUCAGUAACAUUUUAGCUUAAAAAAAAAUAAAGUUUGUUGGUAUGAGGCUGAAUAUAAGGUUUUGGGCUUCAAGG